CAUUCAGGUCCUUGAAAAAACUAGAAUGAAAAACACGAGGUUGAAUAGCAUUUAUCAGCAAAAGCAAGAUAAUGAUAUUGCUAUGUACACUAGCACAAAACAAGAGUUGGUUAGUGUGGAAUUGCAGGCUAUUAUAUCUGCUAAUCACGGAUUCAAGGAUGGUGAUCAAAGAAAACACCAAGAAAAAUCUUUGAUAAAUAAUUCACCUGGGAGCCUUUCAGGAAAUGGAAACGGAUCCGUUUUCAUUAGCCUCUACAACUACAAUUAUAGCAUACAAUAUCCUGCUACUACUACCUAUGGAACACCGGUUCGUCCCUAUUCUUCUCCGUUCAGGCCUCCUUCUGUAUUUGGUAACAAGAGGGCUGUGUUAUUUGGAAUCAGUUAUGCUAAUACAGCGGCACCGAGGAAGCUUAGAGGUUCCGCGAACAAUGCUAAGUGCAUGAAACAGUUUCUGAUUGACAAGUUGGGAUUUCCGAGCAAUUCCAUUUACAUGCUAACAGAUGAUUCGGAGGAGAAAAACACGACCCCGACAAAAAGUAACAUGCGAAUGGCGAUGAAGUGGUUGGUUGAGGGCUGCAAACCAGGAGACUCUUUGGUGUUUUACUUCUGCGGACACGGAUCAAGGGUUAAAGAUCGUAACCGAGAUGAGGCUGACGGGUACGAUGAAGCGAUAUGUCCAGUUGAUUACGAGCACGAGGGGAUGAUACUCGAUGACGAAAUCAAUGCUACAAUUGUUAGGCCUCUACCUCAUGGAGCCAAACUUCAUGCCCUUGUUGAUGCAUCCUUUAGCGGGACAAUUCUCGACUUGUCAUUCGUGUGCAAGACAAACUGGUUUGGUUCUCUUGGAUGGAAAGAUCAAAGACACCGGAGAGCUGGCUACAAAGGCACAAGAGGAGGGCUAGCCGUUUGUAUUUCAGCCUGCGACGACGAUGGAAAUGCAGCAAGCAAAUCGGCCUUGACUUACAGUUUCCUCCAAGUCAUGCAAGACGUACCGAAAUUGACAUAUGGCCGAUUGCUCAAUGCGAUGCUCUUUACAAUCCAUUGGGCUAAAGCAGGAAAGUAUGAGCUAAAAGGCCAAGAUCUUGCCGGAAACACUUGGCAACAACAGCAUGCUCAUGAGCCGCAACUUUCGUCUUCUGAGAAGUUUGAUGUUUCUACCAAGUUAUUUCUAAUAUGACACAUAAAUAAUAGUCCUGAUGAAGAAAACGUGUGUAGGAAUAGGUGAGGUUAAUCCUGCUGUACCGAUAAUAAUUUGAACAAAUAAAUAAAUUAAAUAUAACCACAAGUGUCGGUGCAGGUGUAUGACCCUGACACGGACACGGAUACGCCGUUUUUCAGAGGUGUCCGUGCUACAUAGCUAACCAAUAUAGGACUAUUAUCCACACUAUUCACACUUAUACAUUCUCAACAUAUCUUUGUCAUCAUGCUCUUUGUUGCAUUUUGUUUCGUGUAAUUUUGCUACUGUUGAUUUUUCAAAUAUGGCAUAAGCGUCCUCGUCACCCAAACUCAUGUACUUCUUGAGUUAGUGAGAUAUGGUGUUCUUGGUAAUAAAUAUUCUUCUUUUUUU